GGUCAGAGGACUGUUUGCAGUCCAUACUGCUGGGCAAGAGACACUUCUGAGUCGCCUCCUUUCUUCUUACUCCCAGGUCUCCACUCCAGCCUCUGCAAGCCCGACAUCAGCUAUGAGGGUCCCGCUUCUUCACCUCCCUACUGCCUCUGGCUCCUUGUCCCUGGUGAAGCUACUGCUGCCGCUACUGAUGAUGCAACUCUGGGCGGCGCAGGCUCUGCUGCUCCCGGGAAACACCACGCGCGAGGACCUCGAGGCCUUCGGCACUCUGUGCCCGAGUGUCUCUCAACCCUGGCAGGUCUCCCUCUUCCAUAACCUCCAGUUCCAAUGUGCGGGUGUCCUCGUGGACCAGAACUGGGUGCUCACGGCCGCACAUUGCUGGAGAAAUAAGCCACUGAGGGCUCGAGUUGGAGAUGACCACCUGCUGCUUUUCCAGAGCGAGCAACUGAGGUCCACGAAUUCCCCUGUUUUCCACCCCAAGUACCAGCCUUGCUCAGGUCCCGUUCUGCCACUCCGCUCAGAUGAACACGACCUCAUGAUGCUAAAACUGAGCAGUCCUGUGGUGCUGACGUCCAAAGUGCAUCCCGUGCAAUUGCCCUUCCAGUGUGCUCAGCCAAGGCAGGAGUGCCAGGUCUCAGGCUGGGGGACCACAGCCAACCGAAGAGUGAAAUACAACAGGAGCCUGAGCUGCUCCAGGGUAACUCUCCUCAGCCAGAAGCAGUGUGAGACCUUCUACCCGGGUGUGAUCACCAACAACAUGAUUUGUGCUGGGAUGGACAGAGACCAAGAUUCUUGCCAGAGUGACUCCGGUGGACCCCUGGUGUGUGACAACACCCUGCAUGGCAUUCUUUCAUGGAGCAUUUACCCAUGCGGGGCUGCUACCCAGUACCCAGCUGUCUACGCUAAGAUCUGCAACUACACCAACUGGAUUCGAAGAGUCAUCCGUUCCAAAUGACCCGCCUCUCACACCCUUCGUCCUCACUUCAUCUGUCCACCCCCCACUCCGUCCUCCUCUCAUGGGUGCCCACACCUCUGAGAAUGCAUCCUCUUCUCUCACCCCCGCCCACUCCUGUUCUCCACUCACAAGUGUAGAAAAUGGUGGCUGGGAGUUCUAGGGCCUCAAGGAAGCCGGCAGUCUCCAAGUCUCUAAGAGAAGUUAUCUGUUAUUCAACCUGGCUUUCUCUACCUCCCUCCUCUGUGUGACUGGGACAAUGAGCCUUAGUUUCCUUGUCUGAAAAAUGGGGACAAUGAAUUGUCUACCUCUUACAUACAUUGUAUGGGGUCUGUGAUGGAGUGUGUGUGUGUGUGUGUGUGUGUGUGUGUGUGUGUGUGUGUGUGUGUUUAUGGUAAUUGUCACAGAGACGUGAAACCAUCUGGUUAUCGCCGAUUAAACAGUACCUGAUCUGA